UUGAACAUUUCAGGUCCUGGUUGUUCAUCUGUUGGUUACGGUGAAGCUGAAGAAUUAGGGCCUUUUUUAACACAAAAAGGCAAACCAGAGCUCAAAUUAAAUAAUAACUCCUGGAAUAAAGCGGCCAACUUACUUUUUGUAGAAUCUCCCGUCGGUGUUGGAUUUUCGUAUACAAAUACCAGCAAUGAUAUCAAUGAGCUUGGUGACAAAGUGACCGCUCAGGAUUCAUACAACUUUUUGGUCAACUGGUUCAGAAGAUUUCCACAAUAUAAAUCUCACGAGUUCUACAUUGCUGGAGAAAGUUAUGCAGGUCAUUAUGUCCCUCAACUUGCGGAAGUUAUUUUCGAUAGCAAUAAAAAAGUUACAAAGGACAACCGCAUUAAUCUCAAGGGAUUUAUGAUAGGGAAUGCAUUGGUGGAUGAUGAAAUGGAUCAAACUGGAAUGAUUCACUACGCAUGGGACCAUGCUGUGAUUUCAGAUGGGGUGUACCAAGAAAUUAAAACCAAGUGCAACUUUAGCAAUGAACAUCUGACUGAUGAAUGCGAUGAAGCUCUCAACAAAUACUACGAUGUUUACAAAAUUGUGGAUAUGUAUAGCUUAUAUUCUCCGACUUGUGUCAACAGAAAUUCCAGCAGCACGAAUAGGAAACUUCAGCGGAUCAAAGGUGUCGCUCCUCGACUGAUGUCUAACAUCGAUGAAUGGCACAAGAAACCAGCAGGGUAUGACCCUUGUGUGACAGAUUAUACUCAGGUAUAUAUGAAUAGGCCAGAUGUACAAAAAGCUCUUCAUGCAAAUGUCACCAAAAUUCCAUACCCAUGGACUCAUUGCAGGUAAUUUUC